ACCGGAUGUUGAUAUAAAGUCUGGCGAAAGCGCAGAAAGGAAACAGCAGUGCGAGCUGUACGGAAAUAAAUAAACACUCGAUCUAAAUCUGCUGGUGUGUGUGUGUGUGUGUCGCAGGAAUCAUGGGCCGGAUCUUCUUGGAUCACAUCGGUGGGACGCGCUUGUUUUCCUGCGCGAACUGUGACACAAUCCUGACGAACCGCUCAGAGCUGAUCUCAACCCGCUUUACUGGAGCCACAGGGAGAGCCUUCCUCUUCAACAAGGUGGUGAACCUGCAGUACAGUGAGGUGCAGGACCGCGUGAUGUUGACCGGCAGACACAUGGUUCGGGACGUGAGCUGUAAGAACUGCAACAGUAAGCUGGGCUGGAUCUACGAGUUCGCCACAGAGGACAGCCAGCGCUAUAAAGAGGGUCGAGUCAUCCUGGAGCGAGCGCUGGUGCGGGAGAGCGAGGGCUUCGAGGAGCACGUGCCUUCAGACGCCUCCUGAGUCACGUGACCUCCGUCAGCCCGGGCACGUGAUCACAUGACCUUCAUCAGCCCAGUCACGUGACCUCCGUCAGCCCGCCUCCUCACAGAGAAACAUGAUUUUAUCUAAAUAGAUUUGCAAAUAAACACGCAUUUGACGCUGAAAAAUCUCCUCUUCAAUUGGCUGCAAGUACAGAGAGGCUCAUGAAGGAGUCUGGAUCGUAAUACUCUGACAGAAAUCCAUAAGCUCAUGUUUGACGCAUCUUUCCUCUCUGUGCUUGAGCCAUUGACGGCUUCGUACUAUUAUGUCUAUGCCAUUAUUGCUCUUGUUUCAGGGUCAGGCUCUGUGUCUUCAGCUCAGUUAUUCUCAGUGAACGUUAUGCAACACAUUUUGCAGAUUAGUAGAUUAACAAACUGAUUAUAGUUCAAUAAUGAGUUUUCUCCCCAUCUUUUCAAAGCUCUUGAUGUUAUGAUAGGAUGAACCUGCAGUUUCACUCGCGCCUGUAGAACAGACGGAGAAAAGCAUCAAACGUUUUGGGAAACGAUUGACGAAUCUCGUUGCUCUGAUUGUGUUCCUGGAUCUCUGUGGAUCGUGUGUUUCAUGUGUUCACUGAUAAAGCACAACCUGAGCUGAAGACACACAAACCACAGCAAUGCCAGCACACACACAUCUCGCUUCUGCUGUCGGGAUCACGUCAGUUUCCUUGAUGGUUGACGGAUGGCCCAGUGCGGUGAGGAGUGCGAUGGCUAAUGUAACUCCUCCUCGUGUGUGCGCUGCCGUCGAGAGCUCCACGGACCGGUUCAGGAUUGCUGACUGGAGGGAUUGGGAGCUUCUCCUCUGGGUGAACUGGUUUCUGUCAGCGCUGUGAUCGAGGCAUUGCUCUGAGUGAAAUGUAUAAACACGUGUGUAACGGUUCCUGACGCAUCAGCCUGUUCUCCAUCACACACUCCCGAAAGAUCCCGCCUUUGUUAGAGAUGAAUAGUUGUAGUUCAGUUGCUUUUUCCUCAGUUCAGCAUCAGAGGAGCGUUGAGUUACUGAGGCGAUUACUGGCUCGUUCACGGCCGGAUUUGUUCCUAAAGCUCCUCAGUUCUGCCGCAGUCUGAAACUUUAUUGUUCUGUAAUUCUCAGCAAAUUCCUCACACGCUUAUGAUCGUUUCUCUCCAGUGUUCGUUUGUGAUGUAAAAGUGUGACCAGCGAGACCGUUUUCUGCUUCUCUGUAUUUAUCCUUUCAUUAAAGCAUUUUCUGUUCAUGA